UGCACAAACCCCACCCCUCCGUAGCGACUGUAGGCAGACUGAGAGCGGUCAGAGUGGCUGGCCAGCACACACCACCGGGGAAGGAGGAACACCACAUAAGUAACGCUAUGGCCUAUAUAACGUUGUGCUUCUCGGUUAUCGACAACAACAACAACAACAAACGCCACCGUUCACGCCAAUGAACUUUCGUCGCGCCUUGGACCCAGAAGAAUAAGUUGUAUCAUAAGUUUCAUUCUGGAAAGUAUCCUGAACAAGUGUUGGAUUUCUCCUUCCUGCCUGCGGCCAAAUCUCGGAAUAGUUACGAUGUCCGCACUGGUAUUGUAUCGCUCUCUCUAAACGUGUAUCUUCGUUAUGCGUAUUAUUGUGAGGUGUUGGAUGCUGCGGACGAUCACAUAAUGGAUACGGGUGAACGUGUUGAGAGGAUGCGACCAGACGAGCCGACCCUGUUGUCCGAGGUGCUGUAGUGCUUCACGGGGGAAUUGGCGAGGUCCGAAGGCUUGUCGUGGAACCUCGGCUUCGUAGAGCUUGAAUGCCUCCUUUCCUGCUAUUCUUCUCCACUUCUUGGCACUUCCUGUGCUGCUCAGUGCACUUAAUGGCUAAAAAUACAGACCGUUCAACCACCACGGACAGCUAAAUGCACUUGAAACAAUACGGUUGGAUUGAUAGUGUGAACGUUUCCCAGUGGAGGUUGUCAUUUAGCUGGAGGUGAUAUAUUGGUCCCCUCCAUUCAAAUGAAGGAAUAAGUGGAGCUUAUCUAUUGACGGUAAGGUGACUAUGUAGGCUGCAUAUUGUGUUCAAACUAUACAUUGGGGAAGUCCCCAUCCCAUUAGUUUGAAGAGAGAGGAAUUCAAUGGGGACAUUUAGCUCUUAAACCCCCUUGGCAGAAUCCUUAACAUUAAUUGUUUUGUGGGACGAUGGCUAAUUUAGACAGACACUCAGGCUGUCAACGUUGGCCCGAGUGAAAGACGCUUGCUAUUGUCUUAUUCCAUGAUCCCUCUGUAGCCUACUACUCUGGCAGGGUAUUCAAAAGCAGUCCGCUGGUCCCUGAUGAACCGACAAGAAAGUCGGGAACCGGAGUGCGGCGCCACACAGAGUACUCUUUUGUACUUUAUCUUCGACGCCCCGGGCCACAGAGUCAGACCCAGUCAAAACAUCUGGCGGAGGGCCUCAUGGAGCCGCUGAAGAGCAUGUUCACGCUGUCCAACUGGAAGAACCUGGACCAGUCGCAGAAGGGCAACUUCUCCAACCCGGUGUGGACGGCCCUGUUCGACUACGAGGCGUCCUGCAAGGAUGAGCUCACCCUGCGCAAGGGCGACCUGGUGGAGGUGCUGUCGCUGGACUCUGAGAUCUCCGGCGACGAGGGCUGGUGGGCGGGCAAGGUCAACAACAAGGUGGGCAUCUUCCCGUCCAACUACGGCUCCUUCAAGCCCAACGGCUGCGGCUUCGGCGCCCUGCCGGCGGGCGGCGUGGUGGUGGGGGAGCUGGCGCCGGCCGUGGUGGGCGCCUUCGAGCCCAAGGCGGUGGACUUCCGGGAGCUGACGCUGAAGGAGGUGAUCGGGGUGGGGGGCUUCGGGAAGGUGUACCGGGGCAUGUGGCGCGGCGAGCUGGUGGCGGUGAAGGCCGCGAGGCAGGACCCCGACGAGGACAUCAGCGUGACGGCGCAGAACGUGUGCCAGGAGGCGCGUCUGUUCGCCAUGUUCACGCACCCCAACAUCAUCGCGCUGAAGGGCGUGUGCCUGCGCGAGCCCAACCUGUGCCUCAUCAUGGAGUACGCGUCCGGGGGCCCGCUGAGCCGCGCGCUGGCCGGGCGCCGCAUCCCGCCGCUGGUGCUGGUGAACUGGGCGGUGCAGAUCGCCCGCGGCAUGCUGUACCUGCACAACGACGCCAUCGUGCCCGUCAUCCACCGCGACCUCAAGUCCAACAACAUCCUGCUGGCCCAGCCCAUCGAGGACGAGUGCAUGGAGGGGCUGACGCUGAAGAUCACGGACUUCGGCCUGGCCAGGGAGUGGCACAAGACCACCAAGAUGAGCACCGCUGGCACCUACGCCUGGAUGGCCCCCGAGGUCAUCAAGGCCUCCACCUUCUCCAAGGGCAGCGACGUCUGGAGCUACGGCGUCCUGCUGUGGGAACUGCUGACGGGCGAGGUGCCCUACCGGGGGAUCGACGGGCUUGCGGUGGCCUACGGCGUGGCGGUCAACAAGCUGACCCUCCCCAUCCCCUCCACCUGCCCCGAGCCCUUCGCCCAGCUCAUGUCAGAGUGCUGGGACCAGGACCCCCACCGCAGGCCCAGCUUCGGCUCCAUCCUGGCCCAGCUGCUGGCGCUGGAGCGCCAGGUGCAGGAGGACAUGCCCCAAGACUCCUUCCACUCGCUGCAGGACAACUGGAAGCUGGAGAUCCAGGACAUGUUCGACGAGCUGCGGGCCAAGGAGAAGGAGCUGCGAUGCCGCGAGGAGGAGCUGAAGCGCGCGGCGCUGGAGCAGAAGUCCCACGAGGAGUUCCUACGGCAGCGGGAGCAGCAGCUGGCCCAGUGGGAGCAGGACGUGUUCGAGCGGGAGCUCAGCCUCCUCAUCCUGCACAUGAACCAGGAGCAGGAGAAGCCCAACGUCAAGAAGAGGAAGGGCACCUUCAAGAAGCACAAGCUCAAGUCCAAGAACGGGGAGAAGAUCAGCAUGCCCCAAGACUUCAUCCAUAAGAUCACGGUGCAGGCGUCUCCAGGUCUGGAGAAAAGGCGGAACUCUCCAGACUUAGUAGGCUCCUCCCCCUCCUUCGGACCGCGCUUCAGAGCCAUCCAGCUCAGUCCAAGUGACAACAGCCGGGCGUUCGGUCUGAGCCCCUCUUGGCCCCUGGACAGCCCCUCCCUGAAGCAGGCCAACGGGGAGCUGAGGCCGGGCCCUCACUGGAGGCCCCAGAGCCCCAAGAGCCCCAAGAGCCCCAAGGUCCUGAGGUUGAGUCCCCAGGAGAGCAGUCUGUCCAUGAGGGCUAAGCUCCUGGACGUGGACAGCAACGAGAACGGUGGCGACUCCCGCAGUGACUUCGAGGAGUACCACCCCUGCACGCACACGUCCCCCCCUCUGCCUCCUCUUCCUCCCCAGAACGGCGCCGCGCUGAAGGAAGGCCUGCGGCUGCCGCUGCCUCAGGGUGACUCCCUCCGGGUGCCCGACCCCCCGUCCACGGAGGAGGGCAGGGGGCCGUCCCCGGCCGGCUCCCCCAGACCGGAGCGGGGCCCGCUGGGCGGUCUGUUCCAGAGCACCCACCAGGCGCUGCUGGGCGGAGGCACCCUGCUGGCCUCCGUCGCCCUGGGGCGCCGCCUGGACGUCCUCCCCAGGGUGCCUCCGCGGACUAACCCCCCCACCAGCCCCUCGUCGGACCCACACCACCCGCUCCACCACCUGCACCACAACCUGCAGCGGGCGGCCUCGGAGCCCGAGCCGUCGGCCCCGCCCCCUCUGCCGUCGCCCCCGGACGCGGCGGUGGUGGACGACCUCAUCACCUUCUCCUCCUCCUCCUCCCUGCCCCUCCCCCGGGCGCUGUUGGACUCUGUAGCCCCGCCUCCUCCGACCACGCCGCCGCCGCCGCCUCAGCCGAUGGCGCUGACGCCGCCGCCGCCCAACCCGCGGGAGAGGAGCGGGCCCAGGGCCUCUCUCCUGCCGCCGCCGCACAGCCCCCUGGCCCCUCGGACCCCCCCACCGCCGCUGCCGGGCGGGGCCAGUCCCGGGGAGCCCGCGCCGGGGGCCGGGGCCCCGUGGGGGGCCAACGGAGAGGGCGGCAGUGAGGGGCCCUCCCCCUGGGAGCACCAGCACCCCCGUCCCCUGCCCCACCCCCACCCAGCUGCGGACCGGAGGAGGAGGGCCUCGGGCCAGGGGCUGCACCCCUCCCAGCUCGUGCUGGACCUGCCUAUGUGCCAGGACUCCCGGGACAUGGAGGACAAGCCGACGGCCACGCCCUCCCUGCUCCCCAACCCCCGCCUCUGGAGCCCCAAGACCCGCCGCCUGGAGGUCAACGUCAUCCCCCGGCCCCGCCCCUCGCCCAUGCGGCCGCGCAUCGACCCCUGGAGCUUCGUCUCGGCCGGCGGGGCCGGAGGGGCCCCCGGGGGGGGUCACGCCCCCGCCCGGCGCUCGGAGAGCCAGCCGCUGGGCUACCACCAUCCCUCGUCCACCAACCCCUUCGCCGGCUGCCACCCCUUCCCCUCCCCGGACUGCGACCCCUUCGCCCUGCGGGGGGCCCCCGACCCCCAAGACAUCGAAGGCCCCAACGGCGGCUUCGGCGGCUCCGCCUUCGACCCCUUCUCGCCGCCCUUCCCCACCACCUCGCGCUCGGCACCGUGCUCCGCCAACGGCUCGCCCACGCUGCCCACCGCCCGCCUGGCCGCCCCGUUCCACGCCACCGCCGACUCGGCCGCGCUCAUCGACCUGGGCGGCUGGGCGGCGUACGGCGGCCGGCCCCUGGACGGGGCCCGGGAGAGGGCGCGGCCGCGUCGGACCAUGGGGCUCAAACCCUUCAAGUCCCCCUCCCAGCUCAGGGACGACCGCUUCUAGAGGCGGAGCCCGACCGGAACUGACAGGAACGGCCCCUGGCGCUCGCUCGCAGGGAAUCUGAAGACAAACUGACGUUUCUUUGGUCGUCGUCUUCGUUGCCCGGUAAGGGAGGAGUUCCAAGGCUCAGCAUUGGUUUGUUCAGCCCCUGGAAAAUCCUACUCUCCUCAGGCUCGUACACUGAGAGAGAGAGAGAGAGAGAGAGAGAGAGAGAGAGAGAGAGAGAGAGAGAGAGAGAGAGAGAGAGAGAGA